AUAUCUUGUAAGUUUUAAAUCAAAUAAAAUUAAGAUGCCAAAAACAAAGCCGAGUUUAGACAAACUAAAGCAUCCAAAUAGCAGGAAGACAAUUUCACUCGCAAAGAAGAUGAUCAAAAGUGAAAAGAAAAACCAAAAUAAACUUGGUACACAUAUUAAAAAUAAUUUGAUUGGUGAAAAAAUAAUGUGGUUUAAGGAAAGAGUACCUCCAGAUUGUACCUUUUUAAAUAAAGAACAAACUUUGGAUUUAAUACAGACUUACUUGUCACGAUUUGACGAAGAACUGGAACAAAUAGCAAUUAAAAAUUCAGUUGGUCAAAGAAAAAGUCGCCAACACGCGAGUAGAGAAGAUAUUAUAAAAAUAACAAAGGAACGCGAGGUGGGAGAGUUUGAAUCAUGCGGCCUGGAAAUGCCAGAUUUAAUGAAUCCACAACAAAUGGAGGUUUUAAAAAAUUGGAAUGGUGAAUUGAGAUUUCUACAGCACUUCAAAUUAAAAAGGAUAUCAAGGAAGAUGUUACAAGAUUGA